CCCUUGCCUCAGUUGAUUGGUCGGUACCUCGGGGCGGGCGUGCGCUGAUUGGUCAGAAGUUCGGAAGGGGGCGGAGAAGAGAGGGCGGCGGCGAUGGCGGCGCUGCGGGUGCUGGUGGGGGUGAAGCGGGUCAUCGACUUCGCCGUGAAGGUGCGGGUGCUGCCGGGCGGGCAGGGGGUGCAGACCGAGGGGGUGAAGCACUCCAUGAACCCCUUCUGCGAGAUCGCCCUGGAGGAGGCCGUGCGGCUGCGGGAGCGCGGGGGGGCGGCCGAGGUGAUCGCCGCCGCCGUGGGGACCUCGAAGUGCCAGGAGACGCUGCGGACGGCGCUGGCCAUGGGCGCGGACCGGGCGGUGCUGGCCGAGGUGGCGGCGGGGGCCGAGGUGGGGCCCAGGGAGGUGGCGGCGGUGCUGGCGGCGUUGGCGCGGAAA